AUGGCGCAUCGUAUUAUCAGCCAGGUCGUUUUGACCGGCGCACGGGUGUUUGGGAGAGCCUUCGCAGAAGCAUAUAAACAGGCUUCGGCAUCACAGAAAUAUGCACAGCAAAUGGGCAACAGCUCAACAGCGGCAAAUACCCUCUCCUCCUCCGGCCUCACCCUCGACGAAGCCUGCCGCAUCCUCAACGUCUCUCCUCCCAAAUCCGGCCAAGCAGACAUCGCCAAGAUCCACGACCAAUUCAAGCGGCUAUUCGACCUGAACGACCCCAAACGCGGCGGCUCCUUUUACCUGCAGAGCAAAGUGCUAAGAGCACGGGAAAGAAUAGAGCUGGAGGCGCAGAGACUGAGGCAUCAGAGUCAGCAAGCGAGCCAAGAGGCUGGGAAGCAGCAGCAGCAACCACCGCCGCCGCCGCCACCAUCGAGUUGA